AAGCGGCUCAAAUACAAACCAUAUGGCAAACAUUCUUUAUUCAAUCAAUCCCUCCAUUUCUAAAAGUUAAUUGAUUCUUAUUAUCUUGUCUUCCCCUUCCAUAAGGAAUAUAUGUUGUUCCCACUUCCAUUGGUCAAAAACGACAAGUGGAAGAAACACUUGAUUCUCUUCAAUCUUACUUCUCCAACCCCACCCAUAUGUAUGCUCCAUUAAAUAUGCCUACAACCUGUUUUGUUUCUUGUAGUGUUCUAACUAUUUGGCUUACCAAUCCAUUCUGAGAAGAAAAGAACCGUUCUGAGAAGAAAAGAAUCAAGUAAAUGGCAUCCAAGAGAAUACUGAAGGAGCUCAAGGACUUGCAGAGAGAUCCACCAACUUCAUGCAGUGCAGGCCCUGUGGGAGAGGACAUGUUCCAUUGGCAAGCAACCAUCAUUGGUCCAAAUGACUGCCCCUAUUCUGGUGGAGUUUUCCUUGUGACCAUUCAUUUCCCUCCUGAUUAUCCCUUCAAACCUCCCAAGGUUGCAUUCAGGACCAAGGUAUUCCAUCCCAACAUCAAUAGCAAUGGCAAUAUUUGCUUGGACAUACUCAAAGAACAAUGGAGCCCUGCUCUCACCAUAUCCAAGGUGCUUCUCUCUAUAUGUUCUCUGCUAACAGAUCCAAAUCCUGAUGACCCUUUGGUGCCUGAAAUUGCUCAUAUGUGCAAGACAGACAAAGUGAAGUAUGAGUCCACUGCUAGAAGCUGGACCCAGAAGUAUGCAAUGGGAUAAUAAUCUCUGCACUCUUGCCUCCUCCAAUACUUUCUGGAAUUGCCUUUUUUGCACUUACAAGGUAUUAAUGUAUUAUUAAUAUUAAGGCCUUGAAAUGAGGGCAAUACUGAACAAUUUACUUACAUAUAAGAUUUGUUCUCAACAGCUUUACCUUUGUAAUUGGACUGGAGCAUGCUCUCUAUGAAUAAAUGCUACUCUCUUUUGGAGCUUUUCUAUUUGGAAACUUGUUACACAUCAUUUAGGGAGAGGGUAUAUAUACCAGAGUCAGUCCUUGUAUUUGCUAUGUUGUGAUUGAUAUCCUGUAAUGGAACCCCUCUUUAUUCUUUCUC